AUGCCGUCCCUGCCCGCCUCGCGUCCUCUGACGAGCCCUCGGCCUUCUGAUUCCCAGUCUCAUUAUCCUUAUUUAACCAUUUCCGCUCCGGGACCGCAACGAAGUGCGACAAUGUAUCCUUCCAUCCAAAAAGAACUCGACGCUUCAAGCGCCAGGCAGGCUUGGCUUGCCGAGUCACCUCCUACGAAUUCAUCUCCUGCAGAGGAUCCUCCAGAUGCCAUGACUGGGACAGCGUUGGGAACUCGCGGUGUCACAUCCAGACGAAGACACAUACACAGGAUGACACGUUCGCGAAGAUAUGACAACUCGACAUUCUUCCCUGUUGCUCGAGUUUUGCUUGCGGCUACGAUUCUCGCUGCGUGCGUGGUAGCUCUACGGCUCGUUUAUGUAACCUGCGUGCUUGGUGCGAACCGAGCCUUUUCACAAUCUGCGAUUUCAGCAGCACGGUCACUCACCGCAAUGCCUCUAUCUUCUUUCGCUCCUGCACUGUCUGCCCGGCUAGGGGACAGAAUCGUUCCCGGCCAGCGCCCUCGGCAACUCGCAGACACACCGCCUCGUGACCCUAGCGACGGCUUCCCUCAUAACGGUUCUGUAAUCUGUCAGGCGGAAGAGGGGUCUGGCGGAAACAGAUCACAUCCCCAGGGAACAAGCGGAGGGACGACGGCAGGCAUACACGAAGGAUCGCUUGAAGCCAGUGGCAGCAGCGAAUACCAAGAGACGCCGCAAAGUCGUCGCCCACGCCGAAAGGCAGUCCGAGAACGGCCAGAAAGGGAGGUGGAGGACGGAGAUGUACGACGCUCGGAAACAAUCAAAACACCUAUUGAAGGUCAGGGUGAGGCUGCCGUACGGCACGACAAGCGCCGGAGGCAGCAGGCUGUGAGCGAGGCAAAAGAAGAUGAAGACGCUGAUGAAGCAGAACAUGGCAGGAAAAAAAGGAGAACAGAAGUUGAAUCAGAAAGGGAGAGUCAACCUUCCAUGGCUCCAAUGUCCGUCCACGCGUACGAAAAUGUAUCCAAAGAAAAGUUUGAGUCCCUGAUUGUUCGACCAGGCGACGUCCCUGGCCGAGAGCAACUGGUCGACUGGUAUCAUGCGCAGACGAAGGUUAUGAGGUGGAUGACUACAAGCAUAACCAAACGACAGUGGGGCGUCGCGGGACAGGCGCGCGACAGCUCCGCACUCAGUACAGUACUCCGCCUUGCGGCGAGGGCUAUCUUCGUGAGUACGCAUUUCAGGCUAUUGCACAAUCGUCUACCACAGUGUCCAGAUCCAUCUGUGGAAAAGGUGGCCAUAGCUAUGCACAACCGAUUGAAAGGAUGCAUUAGGCGGAAACUUAUCAGGGGACUCGGUGAGGAGGUAGCUUUCUGUUUGCCUCAAAUCGAAGAGGUUCUGCUGCAAGUGGCAGUUGGCGCGUCACGAGGGGAUCAUGGCCCCAUCACGAGCGGUUCGAUGCGGAAACCAACGGCAGUCGCUGUUGCUUCACUCUCCGAACAAUUCUACCAGGGAGUAUGGCGUCGGAUAGUUGAUCUGGGCAUGCGUAUGUCUGGCAGGCAACCGUUGCUUGACAUCAGAGAGUUUCUACCCAUCCCAGAGACCUCUUUGCUAAAAAAGGCAAUCAGAGAAGCUGAAUCAGAUCAACUCGGAGCCGACGCAAGACCGUCUACGCCACUGAAAGCCUCCACCCUGCAGACGCGUGAGGAUUUGUUUGCCCUCGCGCAGGAAUUAUUCACCCCCGACAUUCCCUAUACAGCGGAGCCUUCACACGGCUGGGAUUCAUUGCUGACGCAGUUGGGACACGAUCUACGCUCUAGCAUCACCAGGAGUCACCGGAGUUUGGCGCUGCAGAGAGAUACAAGAAGCAUGGACGGCUUACUACGCCAUGUCACGCGCGCGUUAAUUGGAAUCGCGCGGACGGCAUAUUUAGCUAAGUUUUACCCAUCCUUGAAGGUGCACCCCAUCGUUCUGGAACUGCGGGUGUCAAUCCUCACGGUGUGGACUUCCCUUCAAAUAUGGAGCUCCGCUGGUGAACGUCUUGAGGUUCUGCUACUACGCCACGGCCUCACGGCAACGGCGCCAUGGAGGCAACAGGCAGCCAACGAGUCCGAAGGCGAAGUGCAGUCGUGGGAUCGACUUCAGCUUGUUGAAAAAGCGACGCAGUACGGCCUCGCGAGGAUGCAGCCACUGAGGAUCAUUCUUGAAUCUUUUGAAAGUGACGAGGAAUGGCAAAGAGGGCUAUACGGCAGAGAAGGACCGGAAAGGUUGAGGCAGCUGCUGCUCUGCAUCGGAGGGCCUUACGCCCGAAAAGAACCGGCGAUGUUGAAGCACCUGCUAGUUCACAGCGGAGAAAAAGCUGCAUCCUUACCUGCGAGCUCCGUUUCUCCACCGGAACCCCACGAUGAUCAUGCUUUCACGGAACAAACAAAAGAGUCAGUGGAAAACGACGAAAGCGCAAGUGAAACCACAGAUGCAGAUUCUACAGUGUCAUUGGAUCACGGGCUUCAAACCCAAGACGACGGCGCUACCCUAGACCAGGAGGACUCCAUCGCACUUGCGCCAGAAGAUCAGCGACAUCAAAUGCCUGUCCUGAAGCCGGCGCUUGAAACUCAACAGGCCGCAGAGGAGGCCCCAUCCAUGGUCGAAUCAGAUAGUCACGCCGCGCUCGACGUUACGUCGGAGAUGCCGAUACCUGAUGCACUGCCCGACGACGCGUCCGGCAACGCAGAUACCGUGAUGGCCGACGUCCAACCUCCCGAUGAGGCGGGAGAUGAUACGCCCAUCUGGAUACCGACGCCAGCCGACCACCAGCUUAUAGACGAGGCACUAUCCAUGCUCGAAUCAGAUGACCACGAAGCGUUCGAAGCGGCCCUGGAAGCAGCCGUCAAUGAACUUUUCUAUGGCGAGACGGACGAGUCGUAAACGAAUGUGACACCGACCAAGAAGCUCAAGAUGAACCAGCUUUGUUUAGAUAGGCGAACAAGGUGGACAGCAAUAGUCCAAGGCCAAAGCGGUUACCGGUAGUGUAGGCUUGCAAAAGAGUGUCCCAUAUGAAAGCGCACCAAAACCACCAGAGCGGCUAUAUCGGUUUUGGCCUGUCUUGCGCGGGUCAUUAGGCAAAAUGUGCGGAUGUGACUUCAUAACGUUGUUCGACGUCAUCUAGUAAGUGCUUCAAAUUCAUCACACACUCGCCUUCAGAUGAGUGGGCUCUCUCAAGAACUACCAGAUAUAACCGAGCGUUACAUUAUUUUGCUUUGUCGCUUUGCCUCUGUCGUCACUAUGACAGCAAGUGAGCACCACCGUGCUGUGCUGUGUCUCUGUCCCUUUUCAUUCCCGUGUUUUUGCUUUUCCAUUUGUCAGAUGUUAAAA